AUGUCUAACUCUCACGAAAACGACAAGCUUAUCAAGUCGCUUUUGAAACAGUACAAGAAACUCGAGUUGGAACUCAACAAAUUCAACUCUCGUAAGUAUAAUCAUUCGUCAACACACCACAGUGCCAUCCUUAAGGGCAAUAUCUUGAGAACUUCACUACUUCCAUUCCUCAGAACUGGCUGUAAUCUUCACCAUUUCUUUCCCAAGUCGUCCAAGAUAUACCGUUCCCUCAUAAACGUCAUCAUCUCUAUCUUGAUCAAAUGGUGGUCCUCGCUUCUUGGAAAUAUGACCUUUGCUACUCCCACAAUCUCGUUAAAUUCUGCAAACUCGUCGCUGUCUGCUUCGGGAAACUCACCAUCCUACUCUUCUAUUCCAGCCAGUGACAAGAGUGCUUAUUUGGAGUGUAUUUCCAGAAUCAUCACUCGUGAAGAAUGGGCAUCUGUAGACCCCGACUUCCUUCACGAUUACGAGCGUCUUCUUGUAGCUACGCUAGAUUACUGUAUCGACAAAAUGUCUACACUCAAGACUAUGUCGUUGUCGAACUCAGCAUUCAUAGGAAAGGUGUUUGCCUAUAGUUUCUUCAAGUUACCCAACGUCAGCAAUGCUCUCUUGUUUUUGUUGAAUGUCAAACAGAUCGCUUUUGAGGAGACUCAAAAGGUUCUUGACAACAAAAGGUUGGAUCCUCAGGCUGCGUCCGUUUUGUUCCAGAUUUUCCCUCCUCAUUUACAUUAUCUCAUCAAAUUCAACGGGAUUGCGAACUUGUCAACUAAGGGUCAAAAGAGGUACAUGAACUGUACUCCUCCUCCCAAACACCCUGUAAACGGAAUCAAAGACCCGAAUGGCAACUGGGUCAGAAGAUGGUACAACAUUGAUUCCAACGUAUUCAAUUCUUUCUUCAGACACUACGUCUCUAUCGUUCAAUCGAUGACGGCUGAAUACUGUGGAGAUGGUGAUACCUCUUCAGUGUUGAAGUUCAGUCCCGGAUUCACAGUUAUCUUCAGCCAUAUUAUUCACAUCUUCCAGCUUCUGAUCACGAGAAUAUCAAAAAACUCUGCCAAUAAGUUUCAACCACAAAAUCCCAACAUCUCGAUGUCUGGACCCGUCGGAGGUAGUUCUGUCCAGCUUCCAUCGAAGAUCUUGGCUACACCACCUUCUCCUUCUCCUGGUAACUUGUCGAUCCAGAGUGACGUUUAUCAUAACUCAAUAACGAAGAUCUUCAAGACCUUACGUGAUAUUCUCUAUUCAACAUCGUUGUCACGAACAGAAAUUGAUAGCUGUAGUGCCGAGUUGGUCAAGUAUGUGGACAGAUCCUUGAUCACCAUUGCCAAAGAGACCAGUGUGUACGAUUACGACAGGAACGGUUUGAUUCUCAUGUUCUUCAGCGAGUUCAUCAGCCACGUCAACUACAACAACAAUAACGACUCAACUAUCAGGUACUUGGUCGACUGGGAGUUCUGGCUAGGCUGCAACUACAUGAUGAUCAAGAAUACCGACCAUGUCCAGAUUGUGUUGAAGAACUUCUCGUUUUUGUUCAAUGUGUGGGACAUGAUUCCUCAGUCGUUGUCGAACUACGUCAGUGUUUCCAAGCCCAGAUCGCUGAGCGAUCUUCCCCCUUAUUUUGCAUGGCUUGAGAAUCCUGGCGAGAGUUUCAAGUUGAACUUCAUCUUGUUCCUAAUCUCAAACGAAACGUUCGAGCGUUUUGUAACUCAUUGGAAUCCCAUAGUUAGAUCGUACUACUUGAGAUUAUUGGUCUGGAGAGUGAUUGGCAUCAACAACUACCAGUCUUCGAUCAUGAUCCACAUCACUAAGAAGAUCCAGGAGAAGUUGAACCGAUCAUACGAUGUUUUGCAUGCUUUCACUUCCAGUAACAACGGAUUGAUGCAAUUAGAUUACAGACCAGACAAUCCUCUAGUAAACCGCAAGUUUGGAAUUUUGCCAAUCAACGUCAAGGACGACUUUUUGGCGACCCACGGUGACCAGAACCCGGACCUCUUACCCGCCACCCAGAUGAAGUCUAGCGAACUCAGGAAAGCACAUCCCUUCGAAGUGUUCGACGAAGCCAUCUACACUUGUUCCGUAGUUCCACCCAGUCCUGCUGCCAACGAGAGCUUACUGGACUUGCUGGAGAUAGAAGGUCCAAAGGUGAAAUCGCCUUCUUCCAAGAACAGUUCGUUGGUAAACUCCAUAGGCAGGUUGUUCAAAAUUUUGUCGACGGACGAUACCAACGAGCUUCCCAAGGAAGGCAGCGGUAAACCUGAAGCUGAGGCCGACCAGCCGCAAGUGAAAAGGAACGGAGUUUCUUUUUCUUCAUUAUCGACUUCGUACUCUUCGCUCAAAUCCCGUUCUUCAAGCCCUAGUUUGAUGUCGUUCAGAUCUUCACCAACUUCGGUGAGUGAGUCGUCUAACUCUUCAGUGAUGUCAGACACAGAAUCUGUUUCUAGUGUUCAGACCCUUGAAGUCCGAGGCAAAAACAAGAAUGGCAGCAAUUUGAACUAUAACAUCCAGCCUCCGGAGUUGUCUAGAUUACCACCCGAAAUCACCAGACCAAUCUAUAAGUUUGACAUCAUUGUUGACCAUGACUCAAUGAAUGAGAAGUACGCUAUUGUCCAUCAUCACAACAACAGUCUCACGUCGAAUAGAAGCAUGUCGACAUUGGUGCACUCACAGCCAGUGGUGUUCCAAACUCUUUGCUUCCCUAUUUGUCCAAGAAUGCCUCUCAUUUCUAUCUUCAUCAACUCAGACACAUACAAUAACAAGUUCUACAUCAACGACGAGGAAGGUUUGUUGAUAGAAAACUUCCAUGAUGAGGACAGUAUAGACAACGACCGCAGAAGUGAGCAGGAGGCUCGUGAGUUAUUCAGUGAAUUGAGCCAUUCACGCAGCGAUAGUACCAUCAAGUUCAUGAACUUGGGUAAGAGCUUGAACGAGUUGAAUUUGAUGAUCGAUGAGUUCAAAAACUUCCUUAAACGUCGUAUUGAAAUCGAUCAGUUCAACCAAGACUUGUCGAUGGUGCAAAAUUUAACAGAGUUCACCUACUUCAAAAAAAUCAUUCCCUUUUUGUCCGUUGACGGUUCCAACGAGGCCAAAUUGUUGAAUGCCAAUUAGACUUCAUUUCUCUUUGCUAUUUAUUCAUACUCAUAUAUUAUUUAUACGGUUAGUUUGUUUGUUUUAUUUUUCGUCUUGGUUAAGGUUAUAUUACACAUAAAUAUCAUUCUUA